CGUCAUCACAUAUAAACCAGAAGCGUCUCAGUUUCCUCCUGCUUUCUGGUCCAAAGAUCAUCGUCGCCGGUUGCUCACCACUUACUUAAACAGAAGGAAAUAAAAGCAGAAAAUCAGCCAAAAACAGAACACCCAUUUGCAUUUGAGAGGAAACCUUUCUGAUAAUCAAUUCUGUUUACAGGUUCUCUCUAAUUUUAUCUCACUUUCAUCAAUUGCUGUGGAGGGGGUUUCUUUUUUUUUUCUUUUUCGUGUAAAUGGCGAUGAAAGCACCCAUUAUGGGGUUAAGCUUUGCAUCGUCACCAUCUUCUUCCUUGCAGGCCUCUUCCAAUAGGCUGGUAGUACACAGGAGGCCCCUGAGGACAUCUUUUCUCAGUGAUGGAGUGGCAGGGAUGCGCAUUACCUAUUCUACUAGAUCCAGGUGUAGUGGACAAGGUAGGGGAGCUCUUGGUGCUCAGAUGAAUCUGUUUGACCGCUUUGCUAGAGUUAUCAAGUCAUAUGCAAAUGCAAUCGUAAGUUCUUUCGAAGACCCAGAGAAGAUCUUAGAGCAAACAGUGCUUGAAAUGAAUGAUGACUUGACAAAAAUGCGGCAAGCCACAGCUCAGGUGCUGGCAUCCCAGAAGCAGUUGGAAAACAAAUAUAAAGCUGCACAACAGGCUUCUGAAGAUUGGUAUCGUAGGGCACAACUUGCUCUUGGUAAAGGAGAUGAGGAUCUUGCUCGUGAAGCCCUUAAGAGGCGUAAAUCAUAUGCUGAUAAUGCAACUGCAUUGAAGGCACAGCUGGAUCAGCAGAAGAACAUUGUUGACAAUCUUGUCUCAAAUACUCGGCUUCUAGAGAGCAAGAUACAGGAGGCUAAGUCCAAAAAGGAUACUCUCAAAGCACGGGCACAGUCUGCGAAAACUGCAAGCAAAGUGAGCGAGAUGUUGGGGAAUGUCAAUACAAGCAGUGCUCUUUCAGCUUUCGAAAAAAUGGAGGAAAAAGUGUUGGCCAUGGAGUCCCAAGCAGAAGCACUUGGUCAACUAACUACUGAUGAUCUUGAAGGGAAGUUUGCCUUGUUGGAGAGUUCGUCUGUUGAUGACGAUCUUGUAAAGUUGAAGAAAGAGCUAUCAGGAAGCUCGAAGAAAGGAGAGCUUCCACCUGGCAGAACGGCUGUUAGCAGCUCUAAUGCUGCAUUUCCAUUUCGAGACGUGGAGAUUGAGAAGGAGCUCAAUGAACUGAGGAAAAAGGCCAAGGAUUUCUAGAUUUUAGCCCAGCUCAAGUUGAUUUCGAAUUGAAUGUUAUGUAACUUGGAAAUUGUUUUGUUGCUCCAGAAAAUGCUGCACAGUUGAAGUGGGGAUAUCAUUUAGAAUUUGAUCUGUAGAUGUGUAACCUCAUCAAUACAUGAGGAAGAAUCAGAGAGAAUUGGGUUGUUGUAUUAAAUCCUAUUCCUCGGUGAUCCAUAUUAUCUGCAUAGCCGGUUUUGUUAAAUAUUGUCAAAAUAGUUCAUUUUGUGUACAUGUAUGAUUUAUCUAAUGAAUUACUUCCACAUA